AUGACAAAGAUUAUGGACAGCGGAAAUGUCUCCGAUUAUACCACCGAGGAAUCGAAGGUACUCCGUCGCUACAACGUCUCGCGAUCAUGUCUCCGCUGUCAUCAGCGCAAGGUCCGCUGCGAUAAAUCCAACCCAUGCGCUACGUGCGCGCGAUCCAAUGUUACCUGUCGCUAUCCCGGUUUGGAGAAGUACAAGCGUCGAACUCCGAAUGUGAGUCGCAACGAGAUGGCGGCCAGAUUGACCCGGUUGGAACGUACCGUUUCGGCCAUAGUUGGCGGGGUUGAUGGUGUAGGGACACGGACAAACUCAUCAUUGACUAAGGGUUUAGGGUCCAGCUUUACUAUUAGUAGUACUGACAAGGAGGGUGCGGGUCAACAGGUGAAGUUGCCUCAUGCGCCGAGAAAGGGCUUUCUGGUGACUUCUGGUCCUUCUAUGAGAUAUAUCAAUGAGUCUUUCCUAUCUCAUGUUCUUGAAAAGGAAGAAGAGCUUCAAACAGCCAUAGAAUCUCCCACUACUAGUGCCCAUUGUGGUUCAACUGCGUUCUCUCCCCUGCGCCCAGAAGGCCUGUUGUUGAAUCCACAGCACACGAUCUCAGAUGUUGCGGAGUUAUAUCCGUCUCGCUGGGAAGCAACGCAGCUCUGGCAGGUUUAUCUGAACAAUGUGAACCCACUCAUGAGGUUUCUCCAUAUCCCCUCUCUUCUGCCGAAGAUAUACAACGCCAUUAACUUCCCCGGUGAAGUACCGUCUGAUCUCAGCUCGCUUCUAUUUGCGAUAUACUUUGCGGCAGUCACGAGCUUGCUAUCUAUUAAUGAACCUGACUUCCUGGGGGGCCAGAAACAUGAGGCUCUACAGAAGUAUCAACGGGGUUUGGAGGUGUCGCUGUACAAUUCCUCGUUUUUGGACUCGCCGACCAUAACCUCCUUACAGGCCAUGGCCAUCUAUGUACGAUGUCGCCGAUUCCACAGUAGUGGACGCUCCAACUGGGCUUUGAACGGUCUGACGAUUUAUGCGGCUCAGUCGAUUGGUCUCCACCGCGACGGGAGUCAUUUCAAUCUGCCGGUCCUGGACUGUGAGCUGCGACGUCGCUUGUGGUGGCACCUCAUCACUGUCGAUAAACGAGGGGCUGAGGAUCACGGCCUAGUCGGUGGCUUUGAGACCGUUUCGGACACCAAGUUACCAUUGAAUGUCGACGACAGCGAUUUGAAUGCCCAGUUGCAGUCUCCACCGCCUCCGAAAGAAACGUGGUCGGAGAUGACCAUGUUCCUGAUCACCGCAGAAGCGAGUAAGGUAUUUGCACGUAUCAACUGGGUCUCAUUGCAAUCUCGACAUGACAAGAACGUGCACGAUGAGUCGCGACAGCUGGUCGCAGACUUCGAUGCCUCGUUAAGUAAAGGCUACCUCAGAUACUGCGACCAAAAUGUCCCGAUCCAGAAAGCUACACUCCUGCUAGGUCGGACACUUUUAUCCAAAGCGAAAGCUCUCAUCCACAUCCAGUCACUUAACGGUCUAAGCUCUGAGCAAUAUGCAAAGCAUAUCAACGAGGAGACUCUUUCCUACGCAUGCGAGGGAUUAGAAUGCGCAUGUGAGAUGCUCACAGACGAGCUCCUGAAGUCCUACAGUUGGAUAUCCUCGACCUUUACCCAGUACCAUUUGCUCACGUACGCUCUUUGGCAUCUAUGUGUCUGUCCAGAGACUCCUGGAGUUGAACGGGCUUGGAGCGCCGUGCAUAUAGCGUUCGAGUUGACGGAGCGGGAGUCCACCUGGCGCGAAUGCGACUCUCACUGGGCUGUGCUCUGCCGUCUUAGACAAAAGGCACGGUCAAUCAGGCAAUCUUAUUUAGCUGGGAACCCGCAGGAAAUACCGGCUAAUCUGGAGAUUGUGGACUCGGCGGGUCUGCCAGAUACUAGGCUGGAUGCCGACCUCGAAGAUGUAUCGGUGCCUUGGGAUAUUGAGUCUCUCGCAUUCUUCGACUGGACGGCUUUUGCUGCUCCGACUUUCUGA